GUAAACCGAGGAACUCUUAUUAACACUAACAUAACAAGACAUGAUCUCAAUUGUGUUUAUUUACUUAAAUUAAAUUAUCUUACUUGUUUAAUUAAUUACAUCUGCUUUAGAAUAUUUUAGUGUUAUAAUAUUUGAACAAAAAGAUUUAAGUAUAAAUUAGCUCUUCAAUAUGAAAAAUAAUAAGUUUCUAUUUAUUUUUUGUGGACUGAUAAGUAUAAAUUGUGUAAAAUCUGAUUUUAUAAGUUCAAAAGAGGAUCUAAAACAAUGUUUGAUUCAAGUUGGAAUAUUAGAAGAAAACCCAUUUAUGGAUACAGAUAUGAUUAUGGGCCAAGAUUUUAUAACAUCAAUAGAAUACUUUUACAAUAAAUACAAUUCACAGAAAUAUGUCAAAUCCGAAACUGACGAAACUCGUUUUACACAAGUAGAUAAUGAAAAUGAAAAAAAAGCAACUGAUACACAAACACCAGAAAAAGAAAGUAUUCAUCGAGACUUGAGAAAAACAUUUAAGGUAAGUAAUGAUAUAAGGGAAAUAAGUAAUGAGUCGAAAAUUGAAAAUAAAAACGUUAUAAUAAUUGAAGAGAAACUAAGUAAGAAUACAAAAAAUACUAAAGAUAAAAGAGAUACUAAAAAUUGUAAAAAAAAUAUAAAAAAUAAGGAAGGAAACAAUAAAUUUGAAGAUCAGGAAAAAGAAAAUGUACAAUUUGAAGAGCGUCAAAAGAAAAUUAUGCACAUGAAAAAAGAUAAAAGAAAUAAGUUGAUUAAAAAACUUUCAAAAGAAAUAUGUGGUUACUGGGAUUCAAAAAGACUUGAAGAAUUAUUUAAAACAGAAAAUCCAGAAAAACCAUUUAAAGCAUGUGCUUCUAAGAUACAUAAAUGUUCAGCAAAAUUUUUAACAGGAAAUGAGUUUUACUUGGCAGGAAACAGUGGAAAGUAAAAUUGCUUAUUAUUUUAUCAUUAUGUUAUAAAAAAAUCUAUUUAUCUAUACAUAAUUAAAAUAUAGAAAGAAAAAGAUAAGCGUAUUCUACAUCAUUGAUAUCAUAAGUUUUUAAAUGUUAAAAGAAGUAACUUUAAUUGUGUGGUUUAUUUAUAUUUUAUUAUUAAACGAAAUAUAAGUUAUUAGAAAUAUAUUCACGCAUUUUAUAAAAAGAUAAUUUAUUUGUUAAUUUAAAUUGUUUUUGCAAUGGCGUACGAAGGAUUUUUUUUUUUGAGGAAGGGCUUAAAAACUUUUUUUUUUUUGCUUAUAAUGUAAUAAUUGGUCAAUAAGGGAACUUAGCCCCUUUAUCCAUCCUUUAGGGUACGCCACUGUGUACUUGUACUAUUAAACUAAUAUUUGUAAGAAUCUUUUCUGUAUAUUUUUAUACUACUUCGGAUGUGAAGUCUACAAAUCGAAAAUGAAUGAACAAAUUUGUAUUAUAUAUAAAAUUUUGCAGAAUAUGUCUAUAAAAUGGUAAAUAACAUU